AUGGCAGAUGCGCUGGCCUUUGGCACGUCCGCGUCGCAAUUCCUAUCGGGCAAUCCGUUCACACAGGACUUCCGGCCAGUCCUCGGGCUACUCAAUGGGCCCAACCACGCAGGCUCCACGCUCACAGCGUACGGGCGCCAAGUAGGGCGGUCGCUGCUCAAGCACCUGCGCUGCACGUCCGACGGCGGAGCCGCGGCAGGCAGCAGCCAGGGGCCCGAGGGCUCGGCAGGCAGCAGCCAGGGCCCCGAGGGCUCGGCAGGCAGCAGCCAGGGCCCCGAGGGCUCGGCAGAGCCCACCGGCGCUGCAUCGUGGCAUACGAUCAACUUUGCGCGCGUAGACGACAUUCCGCGGCGCAAAGCGCAUGGCGGCGGGCAGCCAGAGGCCGGGGCCGGGGCCGGGGCCGAGGCCGACGGCGACAUGGCGGAGCAAGUGCUCGGGCGGGGCUGGGCGGGGCGGCAGCAGGGGCGGCCGGCCACGGUGCUUUCCAUGCAUACGCUGGCGGCGGCCGGCGAGCAGGGGGCCGACGUGCAGCUGGCGGAGGCUCUGGCGCGCACACGCGUGUGCUUGGCGUCGUACGGCGUGGCGUACACGGCCGUGCUGAUCAUCAACCGCGCAGUGGACGAGGAGCCGGGCACCGAGCGGCGCGUGGCAGCGCUGGUGGAGCGUGCGGGCAUGGCCGCGGGCUCGGCAGCCGACGGCGGCCAGCUGGCUGUGUGCCGGCCAGGGCCUGCCGCGCAGUUCGCCCGGCUGCUGGCCGACGUCGACCGGCGGCUGCUGCGGCACCGCCACGCGCACUACGCGGCAGCCUUCAUGCGCGCACAGGCGAAGCUCGCUGCGCUGCCGCAGCUGCCCCUGGCCACAAGCACCGGGUCCCUCGGCGGCGUCUACGCCGCGCCGCCGGGCAUCCCGCCCGCGCUGCUGCAAUGGCAGCAGCGGCAGCCGCCGGGCAGCCCCAGGCGCGUGUUGCGGGCGUCGCUGGCGCGCUACUACUUCAAAAUGGGCGCGGCGGCGGAGAGCCUCGGCGAGGCGGUUAUGGCUCUGCGGUGCUUCUGGCUGAGCUACGUGCACGUGGCGACGCUGGUGGCGGAGGUUGCCGGGGGCGCGUACCUGCCGGGCGCAUGGCUGUGGGCGGCCAAUGGCGGCGCCGGCGACGGCGCACGCGCGCACGCGCUGCGGAUGUUCGGCGCGCGGUGGGACGACGCUGUGGCGCUGCUGGCCGCCGUGCAUCUGCGGAUCGUGCGCGGCUGGGUGCGCCGUAUGCAGGCGCCGGCGGCCAGCCGCCUGGCGGGUCGGCCGCCGGUCCGCUCGGUGGGCCGGCCGCCGGUCGGCAUUGCAGCAGCGGCCGGCGGCGGCAGCAGCGCGGCGCCUGCGCCGCCCGAGAGCGGGGCGGCUACGGGCGCAGGCGUGCUGGACAGCGCGGUGCUUCCGGUGCAUGCCGGCGAGGGCAGCCCCGUGACCGCGCAGCUGGUGGACCACGAGCGCCAGGCGCGCGCGCAGGCCGGGGGCGCGGCCACGGCGUACUUUCUUGUGCUCGCGCCGCAGUCCGCCGGCGCCGAUCUGCUGCCGGCUGCGGCGGCGGACGCGUGGUGGCCGGCGGGCGGCCAUUUUGGCGCCGCGGACUAUGCGCGCGCGGGCGGCGCCGACGCCGGGCGCCUGGCUGCGCGCCAGUGCGCCGAGCAUGCGCGGCUGGUGGCUGCGGUGCUGGGCGGCGCGGGCUUUGGCACGCGCAGCAGCUAUUUCUGGGCUGCCGCUGAGCGGCUCAGCGCCUCGCACGCGGCGCUGCAUUUGGCCGCCGAGGCCGCCGGCCAGGCCUUUGCCAGCGCUGCGGCCGCGGCGGCAGACACGCCGGCUGCGGUGGAGCCGCUGGUGGCCGCGCUGCGGCCGCCGCUGCCGCGCGCCCUGCGCCCCGGCGAGCAGCCGGGCACCCAGGCGAGGCGCGUCGAUGCGGGCUCGGUGUUUUCGGGCGCUGCCGAAGCCGGCGCCCACCACGGCGUGCAAUGGCCGGCGACGGCCGCGCCGCUGCUGCGCGAGGCUGCGCAGGCCAGCCUCCAGAGGCAGCGGAGCUUUGCGGCCGAGGCCCAAGUGUACCUGUCGCAGCAGGGCGGCAGCGCGGCCGCAUCCACGGGCGCGCACAGCUUCAGUCGCAGCCCGGGCGUCGAGAACACAUACGUGGCUGUCUGGCUGGUGGCCGAGCGCCAGCGGACCGCGGCCGGCAAAGCCAAUGCAAUGCAGCCAUGCCGGUACUUGGCAGCGGCGUUGCAUGCCACGGAGGCGUCGCCGGAGUGUGCGUUGGCGGCGCACAGGCUGGCUGAGCGUGGCGACGCUGGGGCGCUUCGCGCGCUUCUUGCCAGACCCGGUCCUGCUGCCGCUGCCCCGGGGCCUGGCCAUCCUGCCACCGCCGGCCGCCGCCGGUGGCGGCCGCUGGCCGAGCUGCUGUACUUGUCCUGUGCUGUUGCUGAGGUGCUGGCCGAGGCCAAGCGCACGGAGGAUGCCCAGGCGUUGUUUGUCCUGCUUGCCGCGCGCUAUCGCGGCCUCGGGUGGCCGGCAUUGACUGCCUACGCGCUAUCGUGGGCCGCCAAGUGCUGCGCCAACGGCGCCAGAGGCAGAGCCGGCGACGUUGCGGGCAUCCGUGCGACCGUGGAGCUGCUUGCAGCGCAGCUGGGCGGGUCGCUGGAGGAGCGGGUGCGACUGGGCGAUGCGCUGCUGGAGAUGGUCCACGGCGGCACCAGCGCUGCCAGUGGCACCACAGGCAGCGGCGACGCCUCCGUAAUCGACGUGGACAUGGCCGCAGUGCACGCGGCCGCGACGUGCCAUGCGCACUGGCAGCGGUGGAGGGCAGACGAUGCAGCAGCGGGCAUGCGGUUCCAGGCCACAGUGGAUGCCCGCGCGCUGCCGGUGGCGCUGCCGGUGAGCGAGGUUCUGGUGGAGUUCAGCGACCCCAAGUUCAACUGCAGGUGGGUGCACCGGGGCGAUGCGCCGGGUCCUGUGCGUGUUGCCAUCCGGGAUGCCUCUGGCGCAGGGCCAGCUGCGGGUGGCGAUGCGGAGCGCGAGGUGGUGCGGGUGUUUAAUAUGGAGGCGAGUGCCUGGGCCGAGCGCUGUCUUGGGCUGGACGCCCAGUCGGUUGCUGUGUUCUGUGGGAGCGUUGUGCCAGGCGACCGCGUGGUCGAGGGCGGCGCACUGGCCUUGGUGGCGGUGACCGCUGUGGUUGGCAAGAGACUGAGGCUGCGCUGGCCGACUUCUGCCGGCCAUAUUGCCGCUUCGGCAGAUCCGAGUGCUGAAAAAAAUCCUGCCGAUUUGGAUGAUGCGCCUGUAGCGCCGAUGGAGUGCCUACUCUUGGCCAACAUUGGCGUCUCGCGUCUGCACGACAACCCAAGUCUGAGCACGCCCACCUUUACUACACCCACCGCCACCGCCACCACAGCUGCUGUCUCGGUGCUUGCCACAACGCCGGCCAUCCGCCAGGCCACCAGACUCUUGGGCCCCGCAUCCUCUCUACCGCAGAGCCAGCGGUGGCUCCAUAUAGACUCAGCCGGUGGGUCCUCCCCGAGCGCCCAAUGGGUAAAGCUCCCAACGGCGCCGCUUUCUCCGUGUCCUGAGAAAUUCGCCAGCUGCAGUGAGGCGGCGUUUUCGGCGUACAGCCGCUGCCGCCUGGUGUACUUUCCCGAGCCCAUUGCGCACACCCUGGGGCUGUCGGUCACUGCGCGGUCGGCGCCGGCCUAUCGCGGGGAGGUGUUUCCCGUGGACAUCCGCGUGGAGAACCUGCAUCUUGGCGGGGAAACCAGAGCCUUGCGGAGGGUGCGGCUGGAAGUCGCUGUUGCUGCUGUUGCAGCUCUCGGUUUGUCGGAUGCCGAUGCAGCCAGCACCAGCAGCAAUGGUGGGCGUUCGUCGAGGAGCGGGUCUGAUGCCGACGAGCCCAAUGCUGACAACGGUCCUGCAGGCAGAGGAAGCAGUUGGGAUCGUCCGUGGAUCAGCGAAUCGCCGGAUACAGCUCAAAAGGAUGCAGAUGAGAAGCGCCUUGGUUGCCUGGUUCUUGAUCUCGAGAGUAUCGGGGGUUCGCGCACCGUCACCGUAUACGUGCACACGCCUGGUGCUGUGCUGGAUGCCGCGUGGAGGUCGGCGGAGAAUACAGAUGCGGUGCAGGUGAAGUGCUCGGCGGUGUACUCGCACGAGGACACGGGGGAUCUGGUAGACCACACUGCUGCCAUUAGAGCCCAGAUGGCUGUGCCAGUGGUUCACCCGCUGUAUGCCGAGGCCGAGCUGCUCCCGGCACAUAUUGCCGCGCCUGGGCCUGCUGCAGUUGAUGGCGCCAGUGGCACCCAGGUGUCUGCUGCUGUUGCUGGGGAACACUGUUUCCGGCGCCCUAUUUUGGUCAGCUUGCGGAAUGCGGGGCCGUGGGAUGUUGUUGUCAGCAAGGUGGCUCUGCACACGCCGGUUAUGCGCCGGUGGGACAGUAAUAUCAAUGUGAGCCUAGCUGGAUCGACAGCGGACUCGUGUGCACAGCAGCCAAAAUCCGGCAAUGAGGAGGACGACGACGACGAAGGGGCUGUGAUUGUUGCUGGUAAUGGCGGUGUUCUGCGGCAUGUGUUUUGGCUCGAUAUACAUACUGCGGAUAUCAUCCGGAUGCCCCUGCACGUUUGUCCUGGUGUCUUGGAGAUCCACUGGCGCCGCCAGAAAAACAAUAUCAACAACAACAACAACAACAACAACAGCACAGGUGGUUUGUUGGUGCGGUCUCGGUUGUGGCUGAGGCCAAUGGAGCUGAUGCAGAGGCGGGUUCAGGUUGAGAUGGUUUGCAAUGAGGAGACUGCACAGGUCGGUCGGCUCCUGCAGAUCACGUACCGGGUUCUUAACCCGACGCGCAGGACAAAGUGCCUGGAGACAGCCUUGCAUGCUUCGGAUUCGUUUGUGUUUGCUGGACCGCGUCGUACAACUAUUAAUGUUUUGCCCGGACAAACUAGUCUUUUGCGCUUCAAUCUCUUGCCGAUCAACACUGCCUCUGUGGCGGCAGCACCAUCAAAUGGUGCUGCUGUUGCGGAGGAGAGGGUGUAUUCGCCGGGUCUGGCGGUGUUGGGUAUUUCGCGGAUUCUUGAUGCCCAUAUAGGAAUGGGCGGCCCGGGGGCUUCUGCUAAGGCACCAAUACUGCCGGGUAAUUUGGUGGGCCAAGGAUGGAUCAAGAUGCCGCGUCUCGAGGUCAAACUGGCCGACCACCGACCACUCGUCAGGUCCCCCCGCACACCGCACCAAACCACCGCCUCUGUACCGACGCUGCCUGUGGCGCCAGCGCCUACCAGGGCAGCAUCCUGGUCUGCUGCCGGUACUUCGUCUGCACAUGCACAGCGGAUUAUCGCUGAAAUGGCCGGUCUCGAAACAACUUCCGAUGGCAAAGAUUUUCUGAAGCAGGAGAGGGGGUUAUUGGGCCCGGAGUUGAUUGAGGCGUGUGUCGAUGCGGUUCCGGAGUAUCUUUUGCGAGAGCCGGAUUUGGAGUACGAAUCGGAUAUGGAGGAGGCAGAAAUCGGGGAUAGUGAUGGAAAGUUGAUGCGCGUGUUUGACAGUGAGGAUGCCGGUGAUAGUGAUGAGAUACUGAGAUUCGAUCAGACUUGCAUUUUCUGCGUUGCUCGCACUGUGGAGGAAUCAGUCUGA